GGGGGGCGCAUGCGCAGUGGUAGAAGCCAGUUCCUGGAGGGUGAUGGCAGCCAAGAGUUUAGCUUCCCGCCUCAGAGGCUCCCGGCGUCUUCUGAGUGGCUUUGUGGCCGGGGCUGUUGUGGGCGCCGCGGGAACCGGGCUAAUAGCCCUGCAGUUCUUCCGGAGUCGGGACACAGAGGCGACGUUGACUGCCAGGGAGCUGGAUGGAUCCAUAGAAAAGGCUGUCUUGGAACAAUUCGGAUUCCCCUUAAGUGGCACAGAGACUAAGUGUUACACUAAUCAUGCUUUGUCUUAUGAUCAGGCAAAGCGGCUACCUAGAUGGGUUCUUGAGCAUAUAUCCAAAAGCAAGAUCACGGGCGAUGCAGACAGAAAACACUGUAAAUUCAAGCCCGACCCCAGUAUCCCUCCAGCAUUCAGUGCCUUCAACGAAGACUAUGUGGGAAGCGGCUGGUCGCGAGGACACAUGGCUCCAGCGGGAAAUAACAAAUUUUCAAGUAAAGCCAUGGCUGAAACUUUUUACCUUUCUAAUAUUGUACCUCAGAAUUUUGAUAAUAAUUCUGGAUAUUGGAACAGAAUAGAAAUGUACUGUCGUGAGCUGACAGAGAGGUUUGAAGACGUUUGGAUAGUCUCGGGACCUUUGGUCUUGCCUCAGACCAAAAGUGAUGGAAAGAAGACAGUCACUUACCAGGUGAUUGGCGAGGACAAUGUGGCAGUCCCCUCACACCUGUACAAGGUGAUCCUGGCGCGCAGAAGCCCAGAGUCCACUGAGCCACUGGCACUGGGGGCCUUCGUGGUGCCCAACGAAGCCAUUGGCUUCCAGCCGCAGUUAACCGAAUUCCAAGUGAGCCUCCAGGAACUCGAGAAGUUGUCAGGACUGAUAUUCUUCCCUCAGUUGAACAGAGCUGGCAAUAUCAGGAAUAUCUGUGCCGUGGACACCUGUAAGCUCCUGGAUUUCCAGGAAUUCACUCUGUACCUGAACACAAGAAAGAUCGAGGGAGCCCGUUCAUUGCACAGGCUGGAAAAAAUCAUGGAAAAUUUGAAGAACGCAGGGAUUAAACCAGAUGAUUACUUCCUGAGUCGCUAUGAGAAGAAACUAGAAGAACUCAAAGCUAAGGAAUAGUCCAGAACCCAGACAAGAAAGCCAUCCCAGUUACCUCAGAAGAUAAAUGCUGGGCUGCUCUAAGGAAGCAGGCAUGCUGUCUGCAGGCUCAUGUGUUUAAAGAAAUGAUGGAAUCCUAAAUUUGACACUGAAAUUCUCUCUGCACAAUGAAUGAUCUACAAUUAUUUUGUCAGUAUUAUUAUUUUUUUUUUUUUUUUAAGCUUGGGGACUAAUUAGUAAGGAAGCAGUCAGUCUACAGAUGGAGACUUGAUCUUGUGUCAAGUUAACAAGAGGACCGUGUCACCAGGAUGGCAUUGCAUUUAUGUCCCUCUGGAUAAAUAGUAUGGAGAAAGGCACUGUUCCCUUGUGUGCCUCCGAAUCAUAGUGUCUCUAAUAUAUCUGUUUGCUUAGCUUCUUAGGACUUGCUAUUGAUGUUUUCUUUCCCUAGGAUCUGAUGAGCUUUUAGAAAUUUCCAUUAGCCCGCCUAGUACAGUGUAUAGUAUAAUUUAUUUUUUCUUCUCUUCUGAACCGGCAAAGCACCCAACAGCAGUGUAUUCUGCUCAGCAGGUUUUUCCACGCUAAGCUCAGUGCUUUGCUGGUGUUGUGCUGUAGUGAACCCUGAGCGGAAAAUACACUGGUCUUAUUUUACCUGUGAGGAAGUUGAGGCUCAGAGAGCUCUGAAGCUUGCCUGUGGAGGUCUCCUUUUCAAGAAAGUCUCCUGCAACACGUGGGGCACACAGGGCUAAGAGAAGCAAGACAGAAAGAAGGGUCAGGUUUUCCCUGACAGAGACAUGACCUCAGACACCUGCCACUUACUUCUGUGGGUGUCUGUGGGCUCCAGGUAAAAGAGUCUGGUUUUUGUUUGCUACAAGAACUAAAGGGACUGUAAUGUUUUCAGACUUGAAUCUUCCUUAGCUUGUGGAAAAAUGUGAGGACGGUGCUUUGUGGGGUUAGGAGAAUGCCUGCUUAGCUCCCAGGGCCGUAGUGAUGGUGCGGUGCCAGCAUCUGUGUCCGGCUCCCUCUGUACCUGUGGCCCUCCUGGGUGGCACAGAGCCAGGAGAGCCUGGACCCAGAGCUUCAAGGGUUGUUUGCAUCAUGGACGAAAGGGUAGCUGUUUUCUGAAGCAGAUCUCUAGAGUAGGGUUUACCCAAGUCCUUUCAUGUGGUAGCGUAACAGUGACAGUAAAAUAUCUUGGGGACACAGACUUGUUGAAAUCUGUCAUACCACUGCUGUCCUUUCUUGGUACCCCAAGAAAACUUUUGUGUGGUAUCUCUGUGCUAGUCUCUCAGGGAGAGCAAGUCCUUAAGGCAGUGAGGAGAAGAAAAUGAUUUACUCUGCUGCUUUUGUGAGUAAAAGGAAGAGUUGGGAGGUCGAGCCCGGUCGUCUUAGUAACACCUUCUGUUUAGACACACUGUUCCCGGUAAGUUGUGCCGUCCUUCUCACAGAUGUAGAACCAAAACGUCACUGCAGCCAAGGCCUGUUCUCCCCUCCGGGGAGGUGAUGGCCUGAGGAUGGAGCUGCAGGGGAUGAGCCUCUGCAGCCAGCCAGUGCUGGGCCCGCCGCACGCUUGCCUUCUGCUGAGCUCCCUGCCACGCUCUCCUCCGGGGUGGUGGAGAUGCGUGAGUUAAAGCAUCUUAGGGUUUUAUUUCUUAUGAAAGAUAUUCCCUGGCCAUGGUAAAGAGUAGAGGUAGGGACUGUAAUGCAAAAAGGCCAUAUUUUUAUAUGUGGUAUUUGUUGGUCUGUAACAGUGAUGCUUGAAUUAUUGUCUGAACGCUUUCACUCUGACUUCCCCCUAAGAAAACCAUGUGUCAUGCUGAGUAGAGCUUAGAAUUUUCCUCUGGAUGAGGUCAUUUGGUCGCCCCCCAGUGUGGCUGUCAGGGGCAGCAGAGCUGUGUGUCUCACCCUAGCAGUAAGUGUGUCCCUCCCGUGGAGAAACACUCUGCCAGUCCCCACCCGCCAGGGCAGGUGCAGUCCCAGUCUUGGCCUGUGUGCUCCUACUGUCCAGUCCCCCUGGGAGGAGGGCGGCCAGGCUGGAUGGCUCUGCGGCGGGAAGCCUGUCUGUGGGGAGGAUUUUCCCCCGGAGAGAAACCCUUUGAUUUCCAGGUUGAAGCUCUUUGAUCAUAGGUGUGUUAGGAGUGGACCUGAAGCAGGUGGCAAAGCUUAGGUGGGCGGGCAUGUUAGCCCUUAGAUACCUGCUGGCAUUCCACCCCAUACCUUUCGGUUCUCCCUUGGGCCUUUGGUUAGAGCCCAGCAGGACAGGCAGCGUGAUCCGAGGGAAUGGCUCCCUGCAGAGCCGACACGACCUGCAGCCUGUGCUGGCAGGGAGCAGAGUGUUGCUGCAUCCCCUGGCUUUUCCUCGGGGCAUGUGUCAUUGAUGUCAGUUCUGUGGAUUGCCCGCCCGGCGGUCUCUCCCUGGAGCCUGUUCUCUGCCUCGGCUCAGCCCUCCAGCCCUGAGAGCUCUUGCUGUGUGGCCCUGUGGUGCACCUCUACUUGCCACCCAGAUCCUGCUGGCUGAGCUGGUCAGGGCUGGCCUCUCCAUCUGGCCUUUAUUCCUCAGUGUCAUCAUCUGGGAUUUUCUAGAGUGGAUCUAGUGGUCCUUUUUGCUAUUUUAGGAACUGUUUUUUGUUUUUUUUUUUAUCCUCAGUAUUGUGCCUGGAGUCUGUGUACCAAGUUGACAUCUUCAACCCUUUUUAUUUUUUGUUUUGAGACAAGAUCUUACUAAGUUGUCUACGUAGAACUUGAACUUGUGAUCCUCCUGCCUCAGCCUCCUGUGUACUAGAAUUUCAGGCCCAAACCAUUGCUUCUGGCUAGGAACUGCACUUUGACAUGGGUCCCACGUAAUUUGGGGCAGUGGUAUGUGGCGGUGGUAGAGUGUCUUCUCUGAAGGUCCCAGACUUGCCAGUGUGGGUGGGAGGCUGGUCUGCCCAGAGUGCACAGAGCACCUCUAGGGGUCGCCGUGGCCUAGCGUCACAUGGAAGGUGCAGCCUUAGCUGUGGCAGUGCCUCUGUGGAAUGGCAGCUCUCAAAUUUCUGCCACCGGGAUGCAGACUCGCCAGGCAGAGGAGCAGAGGUUAUUCUCGCCCAGUAGGCACCGUGUUUGGCUCACAGAAUAAUCUAGUAGCUUGAGCCACCCUCAUGUCACACUCCCUCCAUAUUUGCUUUCUUUUGCUUAUUUGCUUUCUUUUAUUUCUUGAGCCUAAAGUAAUUUGUUGUUAAAAAGAGAUCUAUUUGCCAAAGUGAUCCAAAACAUCUCUUACACAUGUUUUAAAUUUAGGGUUUUUUCUUUUUUCUCUUUUUUUUUUUUGUUCUGGGGAAUCCAGCUCAUGAACUCAUGCUUGCCAGGCAGGCGCUUAAAUCCCCAGCCCUUUUAAAUUGAGGUUUAAGUAGAAUAAACCAGAUACAGAAGCUUAACUAUUACAUAGUUUCUCUUAUAUGAUGUAUAAAUAAAGAGCAAAAUAAAAAAGAAGGGGACCAUGAGAUGGAGGGAGGGGCAAGAGAGAGGAAGGAAGGGGAUGAAAAAGAUUUCAGAUGUGUUGUGUGUGGGUACCAGCCCCAUGAUGAAUGUAAUCGUUAUUAUGAAUGAUGUGUACUAAUUAACAUUUUAAAAAUUUCAGUUUUAAACAGGAUUCAUAUUCUUUACCCCAUCUCUUAAUCUAGAAGUCUAUUUGGUUGGCUUAAAACAAUACGGAUUCCAAUCAUACUCUUGAGAUUUUGAUUCAGUAGAUCUGAUCUGAGGCUAGGACCUAUAUUUUUUAAACAAGAAAAUAGGUGAUUCUAAUGUACAGCCAGAGUUUUAAACCAGACAGUUUCCUACUCUGUCCCCACCCUUUUCCAGAACAGUCCUUACAUGGGCCCUCCAUGUCAAGCCAAGGUCCUUGAACUCCUGAGUAGCUCUACAGGAGAACUUUAUCCCAUUCUUUGGGCUCCAGGUACCUGGUUUCCUUAAUAGCUACAUGGCUUGUGUCUUGGUAUCCCCCCCAAAGCCUCACGUGGUCCUGUGUGGGGCUUUUAAGAAGUGCCGGACCUGGUGUGUGGUUACUAAAUCAGUCCACUGAUUGGUUUGGUACAGUUCUGGGUGUGGAUAAUGGGAAACCCAGCCUGGGUGUGGGUGGUACUGCCCAAAGUGGGCUAGUCUGGAAGAAAUAAAAGCAAGAGGUAGGCUGCUGCCCUCUAUGGACUGUUUCUCCCCGGCGAUGCCCCUCACCCUGCCACCUCGAGUUGGGGCCAGCCAACCAUGAAUUGAAACCCUGUUUGGUACCAGGGAUUAAACUCAUGACCUUGCUCUUGCUAGGCAAGCAUUUAGCUGCUGAGCUAAAUCCCCGGCCCUGAAACCUUUAUAAACUGAGCCAAAAUAAGCCUUUUCCUCCUUUAACUUUGAGUGUUGGGUAUUUUGUCUCAGCAAUGAUAAAAGUAGCACUUCCUAAAAUUAAGCUGUAGUCUUUGAUACAACUUCUCCAUCAGUAGCAGGCCAGCUCUGUUCUAGCCCCUGUGAUGCAGCGGUCACAUCGCGGGAAAGCACUCAGCACAGAUGACAGUAGUGCGGGUUGGGACACGCUCCUCUGUACCACUGCUUCGUGUGGAGCUUGUUUCAGCUAGUGCCCCAGGUCUUUUCCUCAUGAACUGUCAGGUUCGUAUCCCAUGAUGCAUGUGCACAGUCACUUUUUGGAACACAGUUGUGGAAUUUUACAUAUGCCCAACUCUUAAGAUUUCCUCUUACAGUUUCAACCAUCCUUAAACAAGUUCACAAUUUUGACAAGUCUAAUUUGGCCAUCAGACAUGUUAGCUGUGCCUCUCAGCUUUGAGACUACAGAUCAAAUAAACAGCGUUUCAGUGUGUUAAAAACAUUGAACAAGACAGGGCCAAGGAAGAUCUCUUUGGUAAAAAAUUCAUGUUAUUGCCAACCCUGCACUCACCCAACAAGUUUCUUGUAAUGUGUGCAGAUAAUUUCAGUUAAACUCAUUGCUGUUUCUUUAAAAAGACAACACUAAACCACAGUACAGCAGUGGGUCUCUGUGGCAGUUUACCUGUGAGUCACUGGGACAGGGAGUGGCAUGGCAUGGCAGGGGACAAGUGGGCCGGCGCUCUGGGCUCUGUAGGGGGUUAGCUUUGGCCAGCUUCCUCCUCCGAAUCAAGUUCUUGUGCACGGGCUGAGAAUCACCUGCAGGAGUGUAUGAGGAUUGGACAGACUGUGCGGUUCAGUAAAAUCUUAGCAAGUGGUAGCCAUUUACUGUGUAUCCUGAGAAUGAGAGUCAAGGCAUGAAGGUCAUGGUGUUCUGAGAGGGUGGAGGACAGAGCCUGACCCCACAGUGGCAUCGAGCUGUGGACCAGGUGGAAUCAGUUUUGUCUCUUCCCAAAUCUCAAGUCUUUGUAUGAGAUGUUGCUGCAGCCAUUUGACAAUAUCAGAACUUUACAGUUUCCAAAGCACUUUCCCAGCAGAGUGUCAAGUCCAUCGUUGGCGUAAGUGCUACCCAGUCUAAUAUUUGCCCUUCAUCUCUGAAGGAAGUUCAGUUUUUUUAAUUUAGAAUUCAGUCAUUUAUGCAUUUGCUUAUCUUUGCCUUGCUGUGCCCUGCCGACUUCCUAGAGGUAAGCACAUCAUGGAGUUGGUUCCUUUGGGAUCCUUGGGGGUUCUACUAGUAGUGGGUGAUGGAAUGUUUUGGAGUUACCCAGGUCAGAAAAGUUGAGCAUACCCUAACAGCUCCUGUUCCCUCUUGGGAAGCUAGGGAUUGGGGACAAAGGGCCGCUUGGUGGUUGUGGGCAAGUCUGUAGGUAUUCCGUGCAGAGCAGCCGCCUGCGUCUCCUCACAGUGCUAAGUGGGGCUGAUGGAGUGCCGGCAUUUCCCUGGCAUCCCUUCGGGCUCUGCCUGAGGCAGCCAACCCUGGUAGGGAAAUGGAAGCGUCAUGGCGGCAGUGUCCUGGCAGUGGGUGGGGCACGUGCUGUGUGUUUGGGUCUGGGCCAAGCCAAGCAGAGCUCUGCCCUCAACUGGGGUCUUGGAAUGUGUGUGUUCUCUUCUCCAGCCCUGUCACUCCGCAGGCACUUGAUGAAGUAUCCUUCCUCUGGCAAUGUACCCUUAAGGUUGCCUGGCUGGGAACAGUGACAAGCAAAUCCUCAGGAGUACUGUGUGCUCCGGAGACUUGGGCACAGCCGGCUCCUUGUUAAGGCGCAAGACAGUGUUUUAGUUCCCUGUCACUACUGACGGAGGGCUCCUGGCUUCUGCAACCCCUAACUGCUGUGCUCUGUGUCCACUGCCUCAACCUCCUGGUGCUUCCAAGAGUGCCUUGGGCCCUUGCCAGCUGUGCCAUGGAGACACAGGUGGCAGAGGCCUGGGCUGGGGAAGGCAUGAAAGAGCUCCAGCCUGGGAUUCUUGCCCCUACUGAGUGGAGCCCAGGACAACGUGCCACAGCUGUGCCCUCUCCCUGCAUGAGGCUGAAAGCUGAGCGGACUGGCCCUCCCUGGGCAGGUGCCCUCACACCCCCAUCACUGUGGCCUUUGGAGCCUCUCCUUGUUCCCAGGCUGAGGCACAGACCUUUCUGGGCUGUUUGUGGCUCAGAUCCUGUCUUCUGGCUCUGGUUCCUAUGUGUCCUUUGACAUUGUGCAUCAGUUUCCCUACCUGUUAAGUGAGGGCCGAGGUGAGGCAGCCUCCAGGGGCCCUGUCCACCUGGUGUGUCCUAGAAAGAAUGCCUGCCUUGGAGAAAGGCAGCUUGCAGGAGAGGCACAGCAAGAUGGGCCAGAGGCUGCAGGGCAGGGUGGCGAGGGCCUGGAGGAGGUGUGAAUGAAGGAGGCAGAGCAGGGCCAGUGUGGACAGCCCUGUCCCGGCCCUAUCUCCUGUCCGAGACACCCUCUCGACACCCCAGCACUGAUAAGUGGGUGUGAGCCAUGGUCGCCUUGUGACAGGCCCUUCAGCAGGGAGGGUGGUGGCAGGUUCUGAAUUCAGACGUCAGAUCUGCCCCUCACCCUGUUUCUCCGCCAGCCUGGAGAGACUCAGCAAAGCAGGCCUUGUCCCUGGCACUGCCUUGGCUUGGAGACUUAGUUCAUGCUCCACGAGGGCAGGUGGGACGCAGACUCCACGGGGCUUCUGGAUAGCACCAGACCAUGCCUGCAGUGAUGGCAGCUCCGAGCCAGCACACUGUUGCUUCUUAUCAUGUGUGCCAGUCCUUGAAUUCCCAUGGCCGACAUCCCACAGCUUUCCACCCCCGACUUGAUUUGUGGGCCUCUUUUCCCUAGAACCCUAAGGCAUUGUUCACUGAAGGCAAAAAUUCUCUUUUUUUUCUGGCUUCGUGGCCAUAGGGUAGGUAGGGGAGGGUUGGAGAAAGAAACAGAAGCUUGAAACUGGGGAAGGAAGAGGGGAGACAUAGGGCUGAGCCCAAGGCCACAGAGAGACCUCCGGGAUGGAGGGUCUGUCCAGGCCUUUUUUCGAUCUGAAAGGCGCUCUUCUGUGGUCAGAUCUGAAGGUUAUUUUGGUUUGUAGGCUGCAGCCAUUUGUACCAGGCAGCCCCAAGUCCACGCAUGCGCGCGUGCAUCUGUGUGUAUAUACACGCACGUGAGGGGUAUUCAUCUUCCUCUGUGCUUCUGUCCGUGGGUUUCAGUCCCAGCUUCUGCACAGCGUAUGAAGCAGCACAGCACACUGGCUAAGACACAGAGCUUGGUGCCGGAUACACUGACCUGGGCUCAAAUCCUACCUCUGCCAUUUUGCCAGGAGGGAAACCUGAACAAGUUGCUUAGCUGCCGUGCACCUGAGUUUCCUGUCUGGGGAACUAAGAGGAUGACCUUGAUGAUAGACAGUGCCAUCUACCUUAACAUAAGAGAGCGGUUCCCACUGAGAAAUAUGUGAAGCCCUUUGAACUGUGCCCAGCACAGUAAGUACCAUGCCACUAGUAAUUUUUUCAUAAAUUUUAAUGUAGUGUCAAACUUGCAGAAAAUUCUCAUAUACUUUUUUGUAAAUUCGCUCAUUGUUUUUGUCUUGCUCAUUGAGCUAAUCGCUCUCUUUAUCCCUCAUAUGUGUGUUUAAUAUGCUCUGUGUUACAUUGCACAUAGACUAGGCAGAAUACACCUACACAUAUACACAUGAUGCACACAUUCUUUCCUCAAUUGUUUGAGAAUAGGUUGACUAGCACUUCUUAGGGAUAAAUGUGUCCUUCCCUUGUCCAUCGCUGUAGCCUUUGGAACUUUUCCUCAUACAUUUGUGUAUCAUCCAUAUUUACAUUUAGUCGCUUGUCUCAGUUUUGUUUUCAGUCUUUGUUUUUCCUUCCUUUUCCUGGGUCAUCUAUUGUGUUUGUCAGAUACUUUCAGCCUCCUUCGAUCUGACAGUUUGCCAGCCUUUCUUUGAUUCUUGAACUUGACAUUGUUUGAAGAGUGUAUUUUAGAGGAUGAUGCUACUCAAACCUGUUUUGGCAUAGUUUUUGGUUAUACGGUUUUGGCCAGGUUGCUGUGAGGCGAUGUGUGUUGGUGGGUAUCGCAUCAGAAGGUGGACUGUGACUUUCCUGCUUGCUAGGGGUGUUACCUUUGCUCACUUGGUUUUGGUAGUAUCUGUCAAGGCCCACACUGUAGAGUUACUGUUUUCUCUUUGUAACUACUGCCCAUUAGUUUUCAAACACUGAUGAUUUUCUACUCUGUCCUUCUUUCUGAAUUUGCUAGCUGAUCCUUCAUGUGGCUUCUGUCUUUUGACGUAUCUCCAGCCCUCCUUGAGCACUUUCUUACUUGAUACCACAACAGAGUUUUCUAGGCUCCUGUGAUACUUUCUCAGCUCUACCUCCGGAUUAACCAUUUUACCAAAGAGUGGUGAGUGGCGUUUAGAGACAAGGUUGGGGAGCUGGAUGUGCAGAUUGACACCAGCGCAUUAUUUUCAUUGUCUGUUCACUCAGAUGCAGUGGUGGGGAGACUGCUGAAGAAAAUGUCGCUCAGCGUUGGGAGGAGGACAGGAAUAAGAUGACCUGUGUAAAGAUGCCUCUGUCCUUCUCUGCUCUCUGGGUCUUUUCUGCCUCUCUUUCUCUCUUCAUCAUGACCUCAUCUCCCCUUUCUUGGUCAGAAUUCCUCUGGAGAUUCCAGCUGUGGGAACCUCUGAAGCUAUUUCCCCAGUUACGUGUAUGCUGUCAGAGGCAGACAACUAUGUGACCUUUGUGUGUGAACAGUCAAAGGCAAAGAUAAUUUAUGAGAAAGUUUUCUGCUUAGAACAGUCUGGUGACAAGGUGAUUGGGGAAGAUGCAUUUGGAAGAUUUCCACCUGGAAGUGUUCCUUCUUCCUGCAUGAGGGCACUCAGCCCAAAGCCUGUGUAGAGGGAGGGACAGGCUGCCCGUUGAAGGUCUGACCCUCAGCAUUCUGGGAACCAGCCAGGAGGACUCAUUCUCAUGUCCACAGGGAGCAGGGACAGUUUAACCAGAGAUGACAGACCGAGGAUAGCCAUUUGAGGGGCUUCCUUAGUUAAGCAAGUACAGGGCAAGUGAGGAGCCUCGCUCCCUGCUUAAUUAACUGUUCUGAGACUAGAUUCAAAGUGCCGUUCUACAGGGGCUAGUCUCUGGAGUGGGGGUGGCUGUCUCCGUAAGGAGGAGCCCAGAGCCGCCUGGAGGGAAGAAAGCACCGUCCAGCUGCUGCUUCUUGGGACUGAGGGAAGGAGGUCUGUUGGCGUGGAGUCUGCUGUCUGUAAUAAAGGCUCUAGGCUAGGGGCCUUCUGAAACAAAUCCUCUCUACAACAGAGGGUAGCAUGGUGACAGACUUGCAGCAGGGGUCUGCCUGGUUGGGUAAGGCUGGUGUGGGCAGGGCUUGAGGUCACUGCUGGGAGACGUGCUGUGCUGAGAUUGUGCCUGCACUCCUGGAACACAAAGCAGCUCCCAGUUCUCACUUCCUGCUGUUCCCAUCCUGGUUCGUGCCUCCAUCGUCUCUGUUUAGUGAAGCCACUUGACUGGUGUUCCUUGUUCUUUCUUGUCUCCCACAAGCUUUGCCCUCAGAGAAGGUGGUAGGAAUUGUCUAAACCUGGUUAGCAGCUACACCCCUUGCUGCAAAUAAUGAGAAGUGUUUGCACUCCAACAGCUUCAUGUAGCUCUGGGUCAGGCCCGGUCAGGUCCCCUCUUGUCUCUGAGUCUCCGCUUGUGGGCUGUCUGCCUGUGGGAGCAGACCAUGAGCUUUCCACGUCAGGAUCUCCGCACCUGCUCUCCCCUCUUGGAGAUGCUCACCUCAGAUCAGCUCCGCGCUGCAUCCACACGAGUCUUCCCUGCCUCUGCCCUGGCGGAGUCUUGUUGCACUUCUGCUUCUUGCCAGCUUUGUAAGUAGAGCAGACCCUGUGUAUAGAGGUGCGGUUAGUAUUUGUCUCCCUGGCUUGGCUGUGGGCUGCAUGCUGGCAGGAGCCUUGUCUGUUCUUACUCUUGAUAACUCCAGAAUCUCAAAGAUGCUCAGAACAUGUUUGUUCAACGAAGAAGGAGCCAAUGCCUGCAUCUCCCAGCUGGUCCUGAGCGUGGGCUGGCCUGCCUUGGCGAGAGUGAGGGAGACAACCUCCUGUCACUCAUGCUGGGUGGCUGCUGCUGUUAGCCCUGCUGGCUGGGCUUUGGCCCUGCUGCUCAGCACACACUUACCCUUCAGACAUCACAGUCUCCACAGGAGAGAGGAUGCAUGGUCAAGUGGUGGUCAGGGCUGGCUGGGGCAGACACAUGGGCUCCUAGAUCUGUCCUAAGCAGACUUCUCAGCAGGAGUACAGGAGCAGAGGAAUUGGCCCUGUGUCAGAGGCCUGGUGACAGUGGGUGGUGAGGGCAGCAGGAGGUAGUGGCUGGCCCAGCGAAGAGGAGGCAUGGGGUGACCAGGCUGCCAAGAGAGGUCUAGGGGGCGGGCGCUGAGGUCCAGGCAGAGCUGCCCACGAUCAAGGAGGUGACAAUGAGUGUGAAGAGCGUGUUUAGUGGAGAUGAAGGGUGGCAGGACAAGAAGGGCAGAGCUUUGUCCCCUUGACCUCGCUCCUUCCCGCCCUCUUGUCUUCCCCACUCUCACCCCUGGCCCUCAGUUCUUCCGCAUCUCUCUGAUCUGACCUUCCAGAGCUUACAGGACGCCGGUCCCUAAGCCCCUCAGCUCCGCAGCCUUGCAGUUGCCAGCUCCCUAGCUGUCCGCCCCCCCCCCCCCGCCCGGCUGCCCUGCAGGUGGCCUGGACCCUGAUGAGCGCUGAGCCCUUCUCUCAUCACCUCCUCCUGGCUCCCUUGGCACCCUGGCACCAGCCCCGGAUCUGCAUGUGCUGAUUCCCAGCCUCCCUGCCCCCCUCCCCAUGGCAGUGCCCCCAAGGGGAGAAUCACUUUCUUUGAGGGUCCAGCUUUCCUACACAGGUCAGGGGCUGAGGGUGGGGACUGAGACUGGGCCUGCAGAAUGGUGGGGCUGCGUGGGGAGAAGCUCCGGUGUGAAGGUGAGAGUGUAGUGGGCCCCUGCAGGCUAAGGGAUAGGUCCCAGGCUAUUCAUUUCCCUUGCUCUUGCCUAGUGUCACUGCCCCCACCAAUUUGUCUUGGCCUCUCCGUCUUUCCCACAUGAUGCUCUCACUGACAGCUGGGAAGCUGAGCCCUGCUCCUGCUGCCUUGUGUGUAACUCUGCUGUCCCAUGGCAGAUGGCUGCCGGGGGUGCUCCUAGACUGGAGACUGGAAGGGUGUGUCAGUUAACAGCGUAACUACGGGGUGGAUGCUACCGUGGAAAUGAGGACCUGUGAGAGGUUAUCCAGCUUCCCAUGAUCAUGUGAUCAUUUACAGACGGAAGUAGGCUCUGAAGAGAAGAGAGAGAAAGACAGAGAAAGUCCCGGAGAGGCUUAUCACCAUCAUCGUUAUCAUCAUCAUCCAGUGCUUCGUAUAUACCAGGAACUGUUGUAAAUUCUCUGCGUGUCUUAGCUUCCACAGUCCCCUCAUAAAGCUAAGGAGGGAAGUGUUCUCAUCCCCAUGUCCCAGAGGAGGAGCGCAGACCAGCACAGCGAGGUCAGUGAGUUUCCCUGGAUCAUGCACCAAACUUGUGGCACAGCGAUGGAAUGUGGUCACGUGUCCAGGGGGCUCGUUCCUUCACACGAUGGUGGCCAGUGAACGUAGGAACAGAUGCUCAGCAUCAUUAUCAUGGAAAUGCUGAUCCAGAUUAUAAAAGAUUCCCUCAAAUGGCCAGAUUUAGUUACAACAAAAGUACUAAGACUGUCUAUACCAAGAUGGGCGUGGAUGUGGAGCAACAAGAGCUCUCAUUGUUGAAUGAAAAACAAACACACACUUUGGAGACUAUUUUGACAGUUCCUUAUAAAAUUAAAGACAUACUACUCAGAUAACCCUGAAAUUCUUUUACUAUUUACCCAAAUGAUAAAACAUAAGACCUUACAAAUGCUUAGUACAUACACGUUCAUAGCAGCUUUAUUUAUUGUAGACAGAAAUUUGUAGACAACCCAAAUACUCACCAGCUAUCGAGUAGAGAACAAAAUGUGAUACAUCCGUAUGACAGAUUCUUCUCAUUAGGAAAGUACAGCAGAAGGACAUGCAAUUGCAUGGAUCCAAAUGCAUCGGGCUCAGUGAAAGCAGCCAAGUGCAAAAGGCUACCUACGGUGUUAGUUCAUUUACAGAAAUGCUCGAGAAAAGGCAAAUCUAUAGGAACAGAAAACAGCUUAGUGGUUGCCAGGAGGUGGGGAUAAGAAAAGUGUUCCCUGCUGUGCGGGAGACUGAGAACUCAUGUGAUGGCUGUGUGCCAUGUCUUGAGUAAGUGGUGGUGGCUAGCCUGUCAAAGUUUUUCAAAUGGGGAAUUUUGUUGUAUCAAAAUUAUACCUCAUAAACCCGAUUUAGUCAAGCUUUUCUUUCUUUUUGUUUUUUUGGUACCGGGGAUUGAACUCACGACCUUGUACUUGCCAGGCGUAGGCCACUGAGCUAAAUGCUUUAUAAACCUGAUUUAAAAAUGAAAACAAAGGCAGGCAUUAAGAUGAUCUCAUGGUAGAUGUAAGUUACUUUUCCUGCUACUGGGACACCCACGACUUGAAGGAGAAGAGACAUUUUAGGCUCACAUUUCCAGUCUGUGGUUGGCCAGCUCCAAGGCAGAAUGGCAUGGCAGAGGGACACAGUGGAGGGGAGCUGCUCACAGCAAGUCAAGGAGCAGAGAAAGGAGAGGCCGGACCAGGAAUGCACCCUUCCAGAUGGUCCCUCAGUGCCCCACUGCCAACCAGGCCCACCUAACAGCACAUCAUGACCUAGUCACCUUCUACAGCCCCAUCUCUAACACAUGAAGCUUUUAGGGGGCACUCUACGCCUAAACCAUAACAGUUGACCUCGUGGCAAAAAUGACAUCUUCAGGAAGACUCCCAGCACAAAGGAAGUGAGUCAGGCUGCUCCUGCGGAAAGAGCGUAUCAGGCAGUGGGGUUGGCCAGUGCUGAGCCCCAAGCCUGAUAUGCGCAGCCUGUCUAGGAACCAGAGAGUUCAUGUGGCCCGAGUGCAGGGAGAGACAGGGCUGCUGUGGACUCAGGCAGGGCAUCGGGAGCUUGGGUGUCAAGAAAGGGCUGAGCGAGGCCUUGGUUUAUCCUCUUGAGAGCUCUGGGAAGAGCAGUGUGCUGAGCUGAUGGACUGUUGUGGUUGGCCAAGCCUGACAUGCUGACAACACCCAGCGGGUAGGAGGCAGAGAGGCUAUCACAGGAAUCUAGGGGAGAGAUGGUGCGAGACCAUGUGGCAGUGGUGGAGGUGUUGAGGGGUGGUUGGACUUGGGAUGUAUUUUGAGUAGAGCCAACAGGAUUUCCUGCCGGAUUGGGUGUGGGGUGUGAGAAGAGGCAAUGACAUCAAGGAUUUUGGCCAGAGCAGCUGGAAUCCAGCAGGGACUGCUUGGGUGCCGUUGGUGAUUGUAACUGUCUCCUUAGGUCUGGAGGUGAAAUCUAGACAGAGGCAAAGGGAGGCGCAGCUUGGCGCUGCUCCCGGCUCCGGGCUCAGGAAUGGGAUGCGCAUGCUUGUUAUUCCAUUACCCUUUAUUUAUUGGCCUUAUUGGCUUUUGUCAUUUCCGUGUUGUCUCCUGUCUGGACUGAGGGCUAUAAAUGUGAUGGAUUGUUACAGGAUACAGGAGGCCCAAUUAUCUCUGGUAAACCGGCUUUUCCUCUUGGGCUAGCCUGCCCCAACCUCCCGGAAGCAACACUCAGAGACUCCACACAGAAGCAGCCUGGCCUUGGCCUCCAGGAAAGAGGGGUGCCAUGGAGAGGGAGACUGACAGACCCCCAUGGUGAGAUGGCUCUAAAGACAAAUCCUGGAAACAAGCUCAGUCCCUAGCAAGUGACCCAUGCCCAGGCAGGUAGGACAACAGGACAUAGCCACUGAUCAGUCUACGUCCGGGGAAAGGGUUCUGUGGUGACCUUACACGGCCUUCUGGAACCCGAGCCAGUCAGUCUCUCCGCAAAGACUGGGGGGAUGAGGCUUUUCUCUCCAGUAGCAGGUGCAUGGCAGCUGCCUGGGAUGCCAGUUCCAUGAGCUGGCAUGAGCGGAAGUGCUUGUCAGGGAGGUCAUUGCAUAUGCUGGGCUCAGUCUGGCUCAUGCCAGUUUGGGAUACCCAAAGAGGGCAGUGCCUCUUGCUGGGCCCCAUUGUCCUCCUGGGGGUCCCCAGAUAGAGUUUGGCAGCUGGUGCCUUUGAAUGUCAUUUCUAAACAAAACCUUUCCCACUCUUUUCUGAUAGUCUUCUGUCCCUGGGAAUGUCCUAGUCCAAGAGGAUUUGAGACAGGAGGCCUAAGAUUAAUUCCUGGGAUUUCAGACAUCUUCCUUAGCCCACACCCCCAGCACUCUCCCCAACACUGAUCUCAUUAUCAACUCUGUCUAAGUGUAUACAAGUAUGCAUGUGUGAAUCCACAUGUGUCUCCAUCGGGGUGAGGGUCUCAAAUGGCUGUGCAUCUGACCUGCUUGCAGAAUAACACAGUGAAGGGCAGGACUGCUGAGGAGGGAAGGGGACUUCAGAGGAUCAGACAGGUUUGAAUGGAGAGGUGGAGCCCAGCGAAUCCAGUAGGGGGAUCCAUCGGUCGGUUGGUCUGCUUUCUCUGCAAACAUUCCUAAGACCUCAAGACCUAGCUCUGGGGAGGGGCAAGAGACACAAUUGUAAACAGACAGGCCUAGCCUGCCUUCACAUCAAUCCUGCCCACCCCAUAGGGGCUUGGGCCUCAUCUCCCUGCUCCUCCCAGCCUCCUGGGCACAAAGUCUUGUGGCUGUCAGGACUCAUGGUGGAAGAGCGGCUGGCAAAGGGGCAGGGAGCUGCCAAUGCUGUGGACCCAGGGUGAGAGCUGACAUUUGUCCAGGAGUGUCUCUCUCCCUGCCAAGGGCUGAGAUCCCAGGCUGCGUGCCUUCCCUCUGACACAGAAGCCGGCGUCGAUCACUCAGAGUCACCGGCUGCCUGGACCCAGCCUCACCCCAGUGUGACCUGGUGACAGCUGCGGCCUAGCAGUAAGCAUAGGCCUCCUCUCACCACCUUGGUCAUGGCCUCGCUUGCCCCACCUCCAGGCGAGCCCACCUGCAUUCCAGGACAGGAAAGACCCACGCAAGCAGCUGAAAAAGAUCAUACGCAGGGGCUGAGGACCCCGGACUCCAAGCCUCGGCUUUCAGGACAAGGAGCCUCGCCCCAGGGGACACCAUGUUCCUGCAGCUUGUGAAGGGGGACAUGUAACCUUUCUCGCUGUGUUAAAGGGUGGGGGGCUGCAGCCUUGAAGCCUCCUGCUUUCAUGGACCCCCCAGUUACUGAGUUUCCUACCACGGACCAGUCACAGCAUGAGCUCUGAGCAUGCAACCCUGAGGGAAGCAGAUACGGACCCUUUCUCUGUGUUUCCUUUCAGCCAUGUUCACUGGGCUUUCUAGUCAGAGAGGAUCUGCCGUCACUCACAGGUCGCGCACACACAGAACAGCACUCAUGGUCACCUCCCAGGGGUACUGCUGUUCUCGAAUGCUCUUUGGAAAAGAGCUGACCUUGGCCCACUGCCCUGCUGUCUGAGAAACUCCAGUUUGGCUGGAGAAAGACAACUAAGUAGAUGUCAUAGGAGGUUAAUGUAGGCCUUCCCCACCCUGAUUUUGACCAAAGGAUGAAGAUUCAGCAUUUCAGAGUUCCAAACCACGUGUCUCUCAUGGCAGACUGUUUACAAGGAAAAUAUCACCACUCAUAUGGCGUCUGAGAGAGUGGGCAUGGGCUGAGGGAACCUGGGAGCAGCUUUCCUUGGAAGCAGCGGUUGCUGUGCUGUGAAGAACCCUGCCACCUUCUUCUGGUAGAGGGCCUGAGGGGAGUCCGCCAAGGGGACUUCACAGGGUCUCCUAGAGAGCUUUGAGGUGUCAUAGACAUGAAGUGGGCUUCACCUCAGAGAGCAAGCAAAGGGUGGCUGUGCUUUACUCUGGCCUAGGGAAUUUGAGGGGAGCCGGGCCGGCUGCUCCAGUGGGGACCACAGAACGUGCUGCCAUCCCAGUGUGGCCCUUGCCUAGAGUGGCUGGGGGAGCACUCUGAGUGUUUUCCUGGGGACCAGGAAGGCAGGCAGAGAGGGCCUUGGCCGAAAGAGGUUGGGGUUGGGCCACAGACGCUUAUGGACAAGGGGAGACGAACCCCCAGAGGUCUCUGUAACACAGUACAUUCCCUGGGUAGUGGAAACCACAGAAGGUCCAGUAGGGAGUCCACAAAACCCACAAAUAUUCCUGCUUGGCCUGGGCAGCUGACACCGUCCCGUCACUCCAUAUACUGCAGCUCUCAGGGGCAGUGGGAGGCUGUGAACAGUGACUCCAGGCUGAUGUUCUGUUAUGUAGGCCUAAAUGCUAAAUGGUCUGCCUGGGUCAGACUAGAGCCAGGGAGGGUGAUCUCCAAUGAAUAAUGCUGAAAGGAGACAGAGAGGGACAAACUAGAGGUCAGAUUCUGUUCUUACAGAGGCCGUGUUUGCUCACAUACUUAGGCUGCCCAGGUAUUUGUGACAUAUUGAGUACCAUGACAGUGGGAGUUCCGAAACUAGGAUGGGUAUUGAGGAAGGUUCUCACGGUAGGGACAUCCUGCUGGGACCUGAAGCUCAGCAAAAAGGAAAACAGGUUUCUGUUAGAGGGAGCAGCAGCUGGCAAAGCUGGGGAGGAGACUUGUUGGAGUCGUGGUUACAGACCUUGGCACCAUGAGUCCUGGGAGGGUUAGCCUUGAUCCUGAGGCAACAGGAAGCCACUGAGAGGUUUCACCUAGGGACUGAUGAUCUUGGAUUAAAAUAUCACUGGGGAAGCUGUUUGAAGAGUUUGGGAUGGAUGUGGUUAGAGGAAGGAAAUGGUCUGGCAGUCUUCAUGAAGCAAAAUGCUGGUCCCAUCCAAGGAAGGGGUGACCAGAUGGAGCACAUGGCCGUAUAUGAAAGAUGUUAAGAAGGUUGAGACAACGUGGGGUGGGUGAGUGGGUGGGGGAGCAGGCAGUUGAACAUGGCACCUGUGGUCAUGCGUCCAUAACCAGGUUUUGGGGCAAAAGAGGAUUUCACUGUUCGAAAGGUUUUUGAGAUGCUCAGAGUAGGCAGCUGAAAAUUCUAGCAUGGAGCCGGGUGGGGAGGCUUGGUCUAAAGGUAAUGAUUCAAGAUUCUUGGGCUAGGGCUAUAGCUCAAUAGUAGAGCACUUGCCUACAUGUGCAAGGCCCUGGUUUCAAUCUCUGGCUGUGGAAAAAAAAUGAUUUGACUCUUCUUUAAAGGAAGGUAUGAUUGCACAUGCCUCUAUUACCAGCACUCUGGGAGACUGAGGCAGGAACAUUGCAAGUUCAAGACCAGCCUGGGCAACUUAACAAGACACCUUUACAAAAGUUUUUUUUGUUUUUUUGUUUUUUUUUUAAUUUAAAAGGUAAGUGCAGAUGUAGCUCAGUAUGAAAGCCCCGGAUUCAAUCCCCUAUACCAGAAAAAAAAAAGCCAUGUUUGUAUUGAGUAUGUUUCAGUCUUUCUGGAACAGAACCUAAGGCCUAAAGAACUUGGGCAUUAGUCAGAGUAGAAAGAGAAGCAGAAAAGGCAUAAUUAAUAAGACAAGAGAAGGCACAGGCAACAACUACAUAGUCAGACAGAUUGAACUUUGUGAAAAUAAGAAACUCUGUCCAAUAGCACCAGAGAAAAUGGCAACAUAGAAUGGGGAAAAAUCCACAAAUCAUUUAUCUAGCAAUAGAGAAUUUCUAAACCUAAAAAAGCAACCAGACAAAAUUCCGAUUAAAAAUAGUCAAAAGACUUGUUACAGAUAUUUUUCCAAAGAAGAUUUAUAAAUGGUCAAAAAGUACAGAGAAAGAUGCUCAUCACCACUAGAUACUAGUGGUAUUAUAAGGAGAUACCAUCUCAUACCCAUUGGAACGGUACUGUAUCAAAAGAAAAAAAGGAAAAACAAAUACUGGUAAGUAUGUAGGAGAAAUGAAACUGUUUUAGAGUUGGAAAUGGGACAUUCCCUGAGGAAGACAGUCUGGCAGCUUUUCAUGAGAGAAAAAAAUUGCUGUCUGUUCCAGCAUCUCCAUUUCUGGGUGAAGACACGUAAGAGUUCAAAGUAGGCUUUGCAAGAGAUGCUUGUACACUCAUGUUCACAACAGCUCUUAUCACAACAGACAACAUAUGGAAGCAUUGUAUACAUCCAUCUAGUAGAUAAACAAAAUAUGGUUCAUGCACUCAAAGGAAUAUGAUUCAGCUUUAAAAAGGAAGGACAUUGCCACAAAGGUCCUGAUAUGGAUGAACCUGGGCUAAGUGAUGCAAGGCACAAAUACUAUAUGAUGCUAAUUAUCCAAAGCACACAGAUUAGUCAAAAUCACAGAAAUGGACAACAGAAUGGUGAUUGCCAGAAACUGGGGAAGGGAGGACUGAGGAGUUAGUGUUUAAUGGGUUACAGACUUUCAGUUCUGCAAGAUGAAGAAUUCUGGGGAUGGACAGUGGUGAUGGUUUGUAACAGUGUGGAUGUGUUUAAUGCCACCAAACUGUACAAUUAAAAAUGGCUAGUACGAUAAACUUUACCACAAUUUAAAACACUGGUGUGUGUGUGUCUGGGUGUUAUGCUUUGUGUCUGGAUGUUCCCACAAAACCUCAUGUGGUCAGGAGGGGUGGGGUUUUUGGAGACAGCUGAAUCUAGAGUUUGUGAUUGGUUCAUGGUCUAGUGCUGGGAUUGGAAGUGUGAGAUUUAUACCUGCUCUAGGAUGGAUAGCCUGCUUACACUAUAACAAAUGGAAAGAAGCUUGCUCUCUCCUCUUUUGAUGCUUUUGGUAUAUUCCACCACCAUGAACUGUUGCCCCUCUGCCAUACCACACUGCCUUAAAGCCAGCCUAUUAUAGACUGCAACCUCUACACACUGUGAGCAGAUCUUCUCUCCUUUACCUUUUGGUGUCAAGUAUUUUGUUCCUGUACUGAGAAAAGAAACUAAAACAGAAUUUGGUACCAGGAGUGGGGUCACUGUUGUGCCUAUACCUGACCAUGUGGUUCAAGAGCCUUUGAUUAUGUCUUGUGGGAAGAGUUUGGAAAGGUCUGGAGAUCCUGCCUGAAAAUACAGAGCUGGAAUACCUUAGCUGUUCUAUAUGGGAGAUUCUGGUCAGAGAGAACACCAGAAGGCUGAUAGAAAUCCUGCCAGUAAAAACUAGGCUCAGGAGAUUUCUGCAUUGGUUGUUGGACUCCAGAUAAUGGUAUGGCUUGGCAGAAAGUUCAUCUGCAUUUUACUCAUGUGCAGAGACUUGGCCUGAGACUGAGAUUAAGGGUGGCAGACUAAUCUGGUAGAAGAAAUUUCAAGGAAGUCUAAUAUUGAGGCACUAGCUUGGCUACUUUUGGGGGUGUUUAGCCAGGUUUAUGCUGUGAAUCAAGAGUAAAGAGCCCAGCAGAAUGAUUUAAAAUGUGAGUUUGACCAGAAAGAAAACUUCAGUAAAGCUGUGGACUACAAAGAUAGACCAGAGUAGAUUUUAACUGCUUAGAAGGAAGAGUAGAAAAGAUAGCCUGAGAACAUUACAAAAAGCAGCCAGACUCCAUCCUUUGCUGCCUCAGAAUUGCAAAAGUGAAAGACAUCUGCUUUGAGAAGAAAGCUGCAGAACACCAUGUUCCAGAAUGGCAGCAGCAUAAAGAAUUUGUUCCUGAGUUGGAUUUAAAGUGCUCAGCAAUCAACUCACUAUUCACUAUUCAGCAAUCUACUCAACUCCUGUAGCCAAGAGAGAAGGAAGCUGGGUACUGCUGUAUCUGGUGGUAGACCUCAGCAUCAACCACACGGCACUGGUUGAUGGUACUUACAGAACGCGGGAGAUGUGGAGUUAGGAAGGCUGCCAGCCAGACUUCAGAAGGCCUGGGAGCUCAGGCAGUGUGUUCCUGAGGGGGCCAUGUGUGAAGCUGUGAGUGUGAAGCCAAAGGUACAAUGGAGACAAAAGUUUGGAGAAAACAGGAAUGUGGAUAGUUUGAGGAAAACUACAAGGAGGGAGCAGAGAGGGCCCAAAGAGAAGGCCUAGGAGCUACGACCACCAACAAUGCUGUAGGGGUAGAGCCACUCAAGCCCUUUGGAGUUCAAAUUUUGUCACAGAUUGUCUCCAAAGCUACACGUGGAUCUGCAGGACUUAAUGUUUGUCCUGCUGGUUUUUUUUUUUAAAUUGGUACCGGGGAUCAAACUCACAACUUUGUGCUUGCAAGGCAGGCACUUAUGCCACUGAGCUAAAUCCCCAGCCCCGCUGCUGGGUUUUGAAUUUGCUUUGAUCCCAUUCCUUUGUAACUGUUGGAAUGGAAAUGUCUGUCUUGUGCCAUUGAAUGUUGGAAGUUUUUAGCUUUCUUUUCGUUUGGGACUCACAGCUAAGAGGUUGCCUUAAAUCUCAGAGAAGACCUGGGACUUGGACUUUUCAGCAGUGCUAAAACUGUUAGGACUUUGGUAAAUUUUAGAGAUGGACUAAAUUCCUUUUUUUGUAAAGGAAUGUGAAUGAGUCUUUAGGGGUGGGGUGGAAUGCUAUGGUUUGUGUCUGGCUGUCCACACAAACCCUCAUGUGGUCAUGGUGGGGUGGGAGAGCAGGCUUUUUAGAGACAGCUGAAUCUAGAAUUUUUGAUUGGUUCAUGGCCUAGUGCUAGGGCUGGGGUGUGAGUGCUACAUCUGCAAUAGGGCAAGUAUCCUGCGUACAAUAUAAGGGAUGGAAAGAAGCUCCUUUCUUGUUGCUUUUGAUGUCUUCCAUCACCAUGAACUGUUGUCUCUCUGCCACACUAUGCUGCCACAGAACCAGCCGAUUACAGCCUGAACCUCUACACACUGUGAGCUAAAUAAAUCUUUCUUCAACUUUA